CCCGUUUUAUUUCUUUCCUUCCACUCUACAUUUCCGUCUCUAACAGCAGCAGCAGCACUUCAGAGAAGAGAGAAAAGGGGAAAUAAAAGCAUCGUCGUUUUGCUUCUUCUGCUUCCCCCUCUCUCGUCCGAUCUCCUCCUUCGUUCUUUCGUUUAUUUCAGUAUCGUAAAAGAUAGACGGUGAGGAUAUUCAACCCCUCGUCUGUGACAAUGGAACCGGAAUGGUGAAGGCUGGUUUCGCUGGUGAUGAUGCUCCCAGGGCUGUUUUUCCCAGUAUUGUUGGUCGUCCCCGACACACUGGUGUUAUGGUUGGGAUGGGUCAAAAGGAUGCCUAUGUAGGAGAUGAGGCACAAUCUAAAAGAGGUAUCCUGACAUUGAAAUAUCCUAUUGAGCAUGGUAUUGUUAGCAAUUGGGACGAUAUGGAAAAGAUCUGGCAUCAUACUUUCUACAAUGAGCUCCGUGUUGCUCCCGAGGAGCACCCUGUACUUCUUACAGAGGCACCUCUCAACCCCAAGGCCAAUAGAGAAAAGAUGACCCAGAUCAUGUUUGAGACCUUCAAUGUACCCGCCAUGUAUAUUGCCAUCCAGGCCGUUCUCUCUUUGUAUGCUAGUGGUCGUACAACAGGUAUUGUGCUGGAUUCUGGUGAUGGUGUUUCUCACACUGUGCCAAUCUAUGAAGGAUAUGCUCUUCCGCAUGCCAUCCUCCGUCUUGAUCUUGCUGGUCGUGAUCUCACUGAUGCUUUGAUGAAGAUCCUUACCGAGAGAGGUUACAUGUUCACCACAACAGCCGAAAGGGAAAUUGUACGAGACAUGAAGGAGAAGCUUGCUUAUGUUGCCCUGGACUAUGAGCAGGAACUGGAGACUGCCAAGAGCAGCUCUUCUGUUGAGAAGAACUAUGAAUUGCCUGAUGGACAAGUCAUUACUAUCGGAGCUGAGAGAUUCCGUUGUCCUGAAGUCCUCUUCCAGCCAUCUUUCAUCGGGAUGGAAGCAGCUGGAAUCCAUGAAACCACCUACAACUCUAUCAUGAAGUGUGAUGUAGAUAUCAGGAAGGAUCUCUACGGUAACAUUGUGCUCAGUGGUGGUUCAACUAUGUUCCCUGGUAUUGCGGACCGUAUGAGCAAGGAGAUCACUGCCCUUGCUCCAAGCAGCAUGAAGAUUAAGGUUGUUGCACCACCAGAGAGAAAGUACAGUGUCUGGAUUGGAGGAUCUAUAUUGGCAUCACUCAGCACAUUCCAGCAGAUGUGGAUUUCCAAGGGUGAGUACGACGAAUCCGGCCCAUCCAUUGUCCACAGGAAGUGCUUCUAAGUUUUUAAGUGCUUUGAUGGUGGGUUACAGUUUUCAGUUAGUUUGCCUUUUUUGUGUUUCCGGAGUCAAAAGUUCAGUUUAUUUGGGGGAAGAUCUUUAUAGGAUGGUGUUCUUGAUUUUAGCCUUUUCAUUGUUGUGUCUUGAAACGUCCACUGGUGUCACCGCCGUUGAGGUGAUGGCUCUAUGGAGAUGGCGGUGGGCGGACAAUCGGCGUUUUAUUCAUUUCUUUCAGUGCUUCUUUCAACGAUGUUGCUUAAAAGGGUGUUUGUAUCUGGAAUCUGGAUUGUGCUUUUUUUUCUCUGCUCUUAUUUAA